AUGCUCUUCCAGACCGCCGCUGUCACCGCCCUCCUCGCCGCCAGCCAGGCCGAGGCUACUUUCGGACUCUUCCAGAAGUGGGGAUCCGGAGGUGGUCUCUGGGACUGUCUCCGCCCCCAGAACCGCCCUCAGAACGACUGCAGCCGUGGUUUCUGGUGCUGGGGUAACAACCAGCAGCUCUGCUCUUCGCAGCGCACCUGUGGCUCUCCUCCCCGUCAGACCCAGUGCCCCCAGGGCUGGUGGUGGCACGGCUCUGCCAGCUGCUGUCUGCCUAAGCAGAACAACCAGCGCUGCACGUGCCCCCCGGGUUACAUCUUCGAGGGUCUCGGUCGCCAGGGCCGUUGCAUCCAGAAGCGCUCCGAGCACCCUUGCCGUGACGACGAGUUCUGGUGGGUCGAGGGCAAGCGCUGCUGCGCCAACAACUGGGGUGACAACCAGUGCAAGCGUUGCGAGGAGAAGAAGUGCCCCGAGAACUUCUACCUGAGCAAGGAGGGCAAGUGUCUUCCCCAGACUGGUGGAUGCGAGAUCCGCUGCCCGCCCGGCUACCAGUGGGACUGGAACACGCACUGCUGCAAGCCUACCGGCCCCCAGCCCUCUGGUAUCCCCAAGAAGCAGGACAACACCAAGAACCACUGGCGCUGGCGUCGCGACAUCUCGGCCCUGACUGGCCUCACUGAGCUCCAGCUCCGUGACGAGAGCAUCGAGACCGUCUUUGACCGCACCGACUUCGACCGCCACCACUGCCCCUCCGACCUCAAGGCUUGCAUGAUCCCUGGCGAGUUUGGCUCCGCUGGCGUUGAGUGUGUCGACACCCUCAACGACGCCGAGUUCUGUGGUGGCUGCGCCGGCAAGGGUCAGAACUGCAACGACAUUGCCAACGCCGUCGACGUCCGCUGCAAGGUCGGCGCCUGCGAGGUUGUCAAGUGCAAGCCCGGCUUCAAGCCCAACUCGGCCGCCACCGAGUGCGUUGCUGCCUAA